UUUUUUCUCAUUUCAUCAGCCAUUUUUUCUCUCUCUCUCUUCAUCUCUAUUGGAAAUCAAACACAGCUUCCAUUUCCUAUGUCUUUAUCAAGCUUCUUAAGUUUCGUCCUCUUUUUUUAUACCUAAUAGCUAAUCUAAACUCGCCGGUUUUUCACCUAAUUCUAUGCGCCUCCGGUCAUCGGUUUAUUAAUCGUAAGGUCUGUGGGCAAGCUAUUUGUGGUGGGAAGCGUGCUAUCUUAAUGAGUGAUGGUGUCUAGAUCCUAUAUGAAUUUUUUAGACUUGGCUUCUGGGAACCUGUUGGAAAUUCCUCAUACUCCAAGGUCUAUUCCUAGAGUUAUGACUGUUCCUGGAAUUAUCUCAGAUUUGGAUGGUUAUGGGCCUCAUGGCAGUAAUGAUGGUGACUCAGAGAUUGCUUCAUCCAUUUGCCAUGAGCGGAAAAUUAUAGUGACAAAUAUGUUACCUUUACAUGCUAAAAAGGAUCCCGGAACUGCCAAGUGGUGCUUCAGUUGGGAUGAAGAUUCGCUUUAUUUGCAACUAAAAGAUGGGUUUUCUCCAGAAACUGAAUUUAUUUAUGUGGGGUCUCUUAAGGCUGAUAUAGAUGCUAGCGAGCAGGAAGAAGUUUCCCAAAAACUGCUUGAGGAUUUCAACUGUGUUCCCACGUUUCUACCUCAAGACCUACAGAAGAAGUUUUAUCUUGGGUUCUGUAAACAGCAAUUGUGGCCUCUUUUCCACUACAUGCUGCCUAUGUGCCCAGACCACGGUGAUCGCUUUGACCGUACUCUUUGGCAGGCAUAUGUUUCAGCUAACAAAAUGUUUGCUGACAAGAUCAUGGAAAUAAUCAGUCCAGAGGAAGAUUAUGUUUGGGUUCAUGACUAUCACUUAAUGCUUCUGCCAACCUUUCUGAGGAAAGGCUACAAUCGAGUUAAGCUUGGAUUUUUCCUCCACAGUCCAUUUCCUUCAUCAGAAAUAUACCGAACUCUGCCAGUUCGUGAUGAAAUUCUGAGGGGACUUCUGAAUUGUGAUCUAAUUGGUUUUCAUACAUUUGAUUAUGCAAGGCACUUCCUCUCCUGCUGCAGCAGAAUGCUUGGCUUGGACUAUGAAUCUAAGAGGGGGCACAUUGGACUUGAUUACUUUGGCCGUACAGUUUACAUCAAAAUAUUGCCUGUGGGUAUACACAUUUGCCGGCUUGAAUCAGUAAUGAAUCUUCCCUCUACAUCUGCUAAAGUCAAAGAAAUUCAAGAACAGUUUAGUGGGAGAAAAGUGAUUCUUGGUAUUGAUGACAUGGACAUAUUCAAAGGCAUCAGUCUGAAAUUAUUGGCAAUGGAACAACUCUUGCAGCAACAUCCAGACUUGCAGGGAAAAGUGGUCCUCGUCCAGAUUGUGAACCCUGCACGAGGAUCAGGGAAAGAUGUCCAAGAAGCAAAGCGUGAGACAUAUUUAACUGCCAAAAGGAUCAAUGACGUUUACGGUUCACCUGAAUAUGAGCCAGUGAUUCUGAUUGAUCGUCCUGUUCCUCGUUAUGAGAAGACUGCCUAUUAUGCUUUAGCAGAGUGUUGCAUAGUGAAUGCAGUGAGGGAUGGGAUGAAUUUGGUGCCUUACAAAUAUAUUGUUUGCAGGCAGGGAACCCCAUAUAUGGACAAAGCCAUGGGUAUAACAUCAGAUUCUCCUCGCACAAGCAUGCUCGUUGUGUCAGAGUUUGUUGGUUGUUCGCCUUCUUUGAGUGGAGCAAUUAGGGUAAACCCAUGGGACAUAGAAGCUGUGGCUGAUGCCUUGAAUUUGGCCAUCACCAUGCGUGAAUCUGAGAAGCAGUUGCGCCAUGAGAAGCAUUACCGAUAUGUCAGUACUCAUGAUGUGGCAUAUUGGGCACGCAGCUUUAUGCAGGAUUUGGAGAGAGCUUGCCAAGAUCAUUACAAUAAAAGGUGUUGGGGAAUUGGGUUUGGCCUGGGAUUCAGGGUCGUGUCUCUUUCUCCUAGCUUCAGGAGGUUGUGUAUUGAACACAUUGUCUCAGCUUAUAAAAGGACAAAUAGAAGAGCAAUAUUUCUGGACUAUGAUGGUACUGUUGUACCACAGACUUCUAUUGUUAAAAGCCCCAGCUCUGAAGUCAUCUCUGUUCUAAAAGCUCUGUGCAAUGACCAAAAUAACAGUGUGUUUAUUGUCAGUGGGAGAGGGAAAAAUUCAUUGAGUGGCUGGCUUGACCCUUGUGAGAGAUUAGGAAUAGCAGCUGAACAUGGAUACUUCAUGAGGUGGAAUAAAACCUGUGAGUGGGAAACCCAUUCUGUUGCCGAUGAUCUUGAUUGGAAAAGUAUUGUGGAGCCCAUAAUGAGAUUAUAUACAGAGGCAACUGAUGGCUCCAGUAUAGAGGUUAAGGAGAGUGCUUUGGUGUGGCACCAUCAAGAUGCAGACCCUGACUUUGGAUCCUGCCAAGCCAAAGAAUUGUUGGAUCAUCUUGAAAAUGUCCUCGCAAAUGAACCAGUUGUUGUUAAGCGGGGUCAACAUAUUGUUGAAGUUAAGCCGCAGGGAAUAAGUAAAGGAUCUGUUGCUGAAAAGGUUCUUUCGAACAUGGUUGAUCAAGGGAAGCCACCUGAUUUUGUGCUGUGCAUUGGUGAUGAUAAAUCAGAUGAGGACAUGUUUGAGAGUAUAUUAAAUACAGUUUCUGCUCCAACUUUGCCUUUAGCACCAGAGAUCUUCGCCUGCACUGUUGGGCGGAAGUCAAGCAAGGCUAAAUAUUAUCUCGAUGAUACCGUUGAUGUUGUGAAAUUGCUUCAAGGCCUUGCAACUGCUUCAUGCCCCAAGCCCAAGUAUAUUGAACAAACCCUGGUCUCCUUCGAAAGUAUUAUUUGAGUAAGCUGGCACAUUCCACUUACUGGGACAAUCAUUUUGAUUUUGAGGGUUUUACACCUGUGAAUGAAGAUAAAUGGUUGGCUGUUGAUCUUUGAUUUGAUCUGAUGAAUGGUGGAAGCUUGCUGUUCUAUUCUGGUUUUUGGGCAUCUCUUGAAAUGGCAUGCCAGGAUAGACAAAGAUGGAUUUGUGGGGAGACGGACUGACAAUUCUUAUUCAGGUAUUCUUGUAUAGGUGGAGAUGCAUUUACUGGUGCCAGUAAGAGUUGUCCUCAGCCGCUGGCUUUCAAAUUUAUAUGGCGACCCAUCCCCUCCCACCCUACUUUUUUUUUUUCUUUUCCCCUUUCCCAGAUUAUGAGUCACCAUUAACUUGUAUAGGUACAAUGUUAUUGUCACGAUACGCAUGUCAAUGUGACUAUUCAUAGCAAUUUGAAUCAUUGGAGUUUGUAGCUAGUCAUGUUGUAAAUGAUUUUAUACUAUCAAGCCAUCUCGGCAUUUUUUUUUUAUUUUCAAUAGAAUGUUGCUCUCUCAA